AUGUCUCACCCACAUGCGCGGCAAAAAUCCGUCGUCGCGUACCAAGUUGAAGAUCUCAGCCAGGCAUUUGGACUUUUGCAGAACCAUGAUCAUGCAGAUGCAGACGCAGCCGCAGAGUCGACGACAGUAUCAGGUGCCGCGCCACAUGCACUGACGGACUUUCAGCCAUCACCACAUCCCGACAUGUAUGUGUCACACAACGAAGCUAUGGACGCUGCACUACGCGAUUCUGUCGUGACAUGGGCUGGCGACUCGCUCACUGAACAUGAAGUCAAGAGCCCCCUAUUCCCAGAACGCGAUACGCUGCCUAUCGGACAUGAAAAGCUGCUCUGGACCUUCGCUCAGUUCGGUGGCACGAUGGAGCUGGAGCAUGGUCUGGUGCGUGCGACGGACUUUGAUCGUCUGCGCAUGCGGCUUGCGCGGGGUGAGCUGCCCAGCGUGCCGUCGUCACCUGCGUCCGCGGAAGGCACGCCGCGCACACUAGGGGGGGGUGAGUUUGGGUACGAUGCCGAAUAUGAGGCAGGGUCUAUUGAGUACGACAAGGGUCUAGUCACGGCGGACUUGCGCGAGAAACAUGCGCCGGCGAUCGCGACAAUUGCAGCUUUGCUGUUCCGACCAGCGAGUAUGCUGCGAUCGCCACAGCAGCACCAGCAACCCUCGCCUUCAUUGCGGCACAGUAGAUCCGGCUCGACGCUCUCCGAUAUCCAGACGCGCACACUUAUGAGCCGCACACUGCCGACAUACUCGACGCCACCGACCAUGCUCGGCAUCGAUAUGCAGCUUGCGCCAGGCGAAAGCCGUUCAUUCACCUUCAAGCUGCAGCUUCCCAUGGACCUGCCGCCCUCUUUCCAUGGCCAUUCCGUGCACUUUGACUACUACCUGACGGUCGGUACGAACCGAGCCGAUACACGCUCCGGCAGUGCCCAGCAAUCGCGGCUUUUGCACAUUCCCAUCCGCAUCUACAAUCAUGUGGCGCCUAGCACGGGUCUUCAUACGUGUUUUGAUCUCUUGAACCCGAUUGUGACUCCGCAGCUUGAUGCGUCCGUGGCCGCCGUGCAAGAGACAUCGGCAGCUGGUGGUGCCAGCGCCGCCGCCGGCAAGUCCGCACAAGCGUAUGAAAAAGAGCGCGCAGAGACGGCGCAGUGGAUCGCCCGUCUGUGGGAGGGAGCACAGCCUGUGAAUGAGCGCACAGAUGCGCCCACGGUCCCCAGCUGCAUGGACGCAGUCCAUGACCUGACGCAGCGGGCCGGCAAAGUGUCGUACGACAUCGCGAAGAAUGGCCACGUGGCAGCCGUGUUGACACUCGCACGGGCCAAGUACCGUCUGGGCGACGACGUGCAGGCGAUUGUGCGGAUGAACAUGCCUGAGACAUCGGUGCGCAUUGUUCGGCUUGCAGCGACCCUCGAGUCGCACGAAGAGAUCGACGCUACGAUGGCACUCCUGCCGGCAGGGCGUGUGCAGAAAGCGACGACGCAGGUGUAUGCGGUGCAUCACGAAAACACGCUCGAUACACGACAGACAAGCGUGUUGCUGACCAUUCCAAGCGGAGCGACGCCGGAGUUUUCGACUAGCGGCAUCCGGCAUCGCUGGUCGCUCCGCAUCUCGCUGCUGACGGAGACAGCAGACAAUGGCACACACCAAGUGCCACCGCCGCCGCAUCUGCAGCCGGAGAGCGAGGGAUACGCUGCCUACCAUACCUCGUUUCACGGUACACAGUCACUAUGUGGACGCAUCGGCACGCUGACGACCCGCCUUGAAAUCGUCGAAUGUUCCGUCCCUGUUGUCGUGCUACCGAAUCGAUCGAGGCGUAAGACGGUUCCUGUAGAAUUGUAUGCAUAG